CAAUAUCAUCAUCAUAACCUUAAUUCUGACUUUUAGGGUAGAGUUUAUCCUGGCUGCAAAUAAUUUUAACAUAUAUUGAGCUUGUCGUGUGUUAGCAAUAAAAUGGAAUAAGACGGUUGUCUUGGUAACGAAAUUUUGAGUCGGUGAAAAACAUGGAACGAUAUUUAUGUAGUAUUUACUAAUCGCCAAGUGUAUUUUAUUCAUCAUCGUGUUAGGUUUCUUUGUAAAUUUCUUUAAAUUAUUUUUGUGCUAGUUAAAAAUUUAAAAAGUUAACAUGCCAGACAAAACUAAAGGUAUCAAGCAAGUAAGAAAUAAAAAACUUCUUCCUGAUUUACGUAAAGAAGGUGAAUUAUCGAAAGACAUUGUUUUAUCAACGAAAGAAAAACACGGAGUACCCACAGGGUCAAGGCUUUAUUCGCACCACACUUUGGCCAGUGUGAGAAAAUUAAGCUUCUUUCAACCUUUUUUUUUACCAGAAGACAGUUUGGAUAUAGUAUUAGCUGCAGUUUAUAACCAUUCGACGGAACGAUUCGCGGACAAAGAGGACUUGUAUUUACAACCAGAGACUAUCGGGUGCGAUACAUGGCGUCGACUUAGGAACACCUAUGAUAAGCUUCCACCGGUUGUGAUACCAUUGGGUCAUCCAAUGAAACGUGGUGGUAUAAAAGAAAAACGAUCGCCAUUCAGCGUGAAGCUUAUGAAUUCUGGAGUACAUUCGUCUCAAACUAAUCCUGGUUACAGCAGACAGGCGGCUGGCGGUGCUAUAUUCUUCUAUUAAUAUGUGUUUUAUUUAACAAUUUUUUUAACGCUUAACUUUAGGACAAAAGACAAUGUUAGACGUUAGUUGUUGUUUAUGGGCUUUUGAAUAUUGUCGGUAACUUGACGUUGAAUUAUGUAUUUAAAACAAAAACUUUUAACUGUAAUAAAAUUGAUAUUGAUUCAA